AUUCAUUGAAAUAUUAAUAUUUAACUUGUAAUUAUUAAGUGAACUUUAUUACAUUUUAUUAAACGUUACUCCAACGAUGAGUAUCGAUCACACUCACAGACGAUGGAGCAAUUUGCGAAAAGUACUGGAGAGAUCCGGUCCUUUUUGCAGACCGGAUUUCGAACCAUCUUCUGAAACUUUACAAUUUUUACUGGAAAACUGUAAAGUUCUUGUUAUCGGAGCCGGUGGCUUGGGAUGCGAGUUACUUAAAGAUUUAGCGUUGAUGGGGUUUAGACACAUUCAUAUAAUCGACAUGGACACGAUUGAAUUAUCUAAUCUUAACCGGCAAUUCUUAUUCCGGCAUAAAGAUAUCGGUUCGUCUAAAGCAGAUGUAGCUGCAAAGUUUGUAAAUAAUAGAAUACCAGGCUGCAAUGUUGUACCACACUGUUGCAAAAUACAAGAUAAAGAUGAAGAAUUUUAUAGACAAUUUCAUAUGGUACUUUGUGGUCUAGAUUCAGUAAUUGCAAGGAGAUGGAUCAAUGGUAUGCUAUUGUCCCUUUUAGUUUAUGAAAAUGGAGAAUUAGACAGAUCUAGUGUAAUACCAAUGAUUGAUGGAGGAACAGAAGGUUUUAAAGGAAAUGUAAGAGUAAUAUUACCUGGUUUGAUUGCUUGCAUCGAAUGUACCUUAGAUUUAUAUCCCCCUCAGAUCACGUAUCCUCUAUGUACAAUAGCAAAUACUCCGCGUUUACCGGAGCAUUGUAUAGAAUAUGUAAAAGUACUUCAAUGGACAAAAGAGAAUCCAUUUGAUUGCCCCAUAGAUGGUGAUGAUCCUCAACAUAUAAAUUGGAUUUAUGAAAAAUCCAAUGAAAGAGCAGCACAAUUUAAUAUACAAGGUUUAACAUAUAGACUGGUACAAGGUGUAGUAAAAAAUAUUAUACCUGCUGUGGCAUCUACAAAUGCUGUUAUUGCUGCAGCAUGUGCUACAGAAGCAUUUAAACUUGCUAGUAGUUGCAGUGCAUCGCUGAAUAAUUAUAUGGUACUCAAUGAUUUAGAUGGAAUUUAUACAUAUACUUAUGAGGCUGAAAGAAAAGAAGAUUGCGUGGCAUGUAGUCAAAUUCCAAAAGAAAUUGAGAUCGAUAAUCCUAAAUUCAAAUUAAAAGAUUUGAUAACGAUUCUUUGCGAAAGAUCCGAUUUACAAAUGAAAAAUCCAGGUCUCACAGCAUGUAUUGAUGGCAAAAAUAAAACACUGUAUAUGCAAACUGUACAAAGUAUUGAAGAAAAAACUCGUGAAAAUUUAACAAAAACUUUAGUUGAUCUUGGGCUCAAAAACGGCAGCGAGAUAAAUGUUGCUGAUAUUACUACUCCUAAUACGAUUAUAUUAAAAUUAAAAUUUGUGUGAUGUAAUUCAAAUUAUGUUCUAAUUAUAAAAUUCCUUCAUUUUG